AUGGUUGGCACAAAGCGCAGACGCGACUUGGAGGACAUUGACGAGGAGGCUUCACCACAAAAGUUGCGCGCCAGAAUUGCAGACGAAACUGGCGAUGAAUUGGAUACCGUUCAAGCCCACACUCCAUCGAGAAAGGGGAAGGCACAACAGCGGGCCGAGUUAGGGACGCCGCGCUCUAUUCUCAAAAAGACUGGUCUGAUCAAUGACAUAACCGCGACGCCCAAGUCAACCCGGAAACUCGUCUUCGAAACACCAACCAAAUCUGCCAAACGUGAUUCGCCCAAUGGCACCCCGACCAUCGUACGCAAUGCCGACCGAAGCGCGCGCAGGAAGAGCAACAGACGUAUUCUCCAACGCACAUUGAAUGGCGAAGACAGCGAUGACGACGUGUUGGAUGAGGAGGAUGAACUCGCCGAACAUAUUCUGGAUGAAGAGGUGGAGCAAGUCGAGCAAACAGAGGCCACUCAGGAGGCACCAGUGCCGGAUACACCCUCAAAACGUGGAAGAGGCCGGCCAAAGGGGUCAGGCAAAGUAGGACGACCACGAAAGCAACGCUCGCCAACUCCACCGACCGAACUCCCUCCGCACGAGGAAUACUUCUGGCAGAAUCGCCCCGGUGCCACCAAAACCUCCAACAACACGCUUUCCUCGCAGAGCUUGCUCAAUCACGAUGAAUACUUCCAGGCGAUGCAGUCGUAUCGAGACCGUCAUCAGUCGGAGGUUGACUUUUUAAUCCAACUACACGGGCGUGCCUACGACCAGUGGAUAUUCGAGCUCGAAGAAGGCUUCAAUAUAUGUUUAUAUGGCUACGGUUCAAAGCGCGUAAUCACCGAACGAUUCACCGCACGCUUAUACCAUCACCUCGUAUCCUCCGCGUCAUACAAGCGAACAAAGAAGACACCAAAGAUUGUUGUCAUAAACGGGUAUAGCGCUGCCCUCCUCCUCGACUUCCUCCUCGACCAUCUAACGCACAACCCCCCACCCCACGCCAUCCCCAUCAUCCUAAACUCCAUCGACUCCCCCCACCUCCGCAAAACCCACAUACCCACUAUGCUCGCCCGCCUAGCCAACCACCCCUCCCUCAACCUCGUCUGCACAGCCGACACACCCCACUUCCCCCUCCUCUGGGACGUCGGCCUAAAAACACAAUACAAAUUCCUCUUCCACGACGCCACAACCUUUUCGCCCUACGCCGCCGAAAUCGACACCGUGGAGACGGCAAACGAACUCUUGGGUCGCAGCGGCAGACGCGUCGGCGGCAGAGACGGUGUAGGCUUUGUUCUUCGCUCCCUGCCCGAACAAGCUAGAGAACUCUUCCGUAUCCUAGUUAUGGAACAACUCGCUCUUUCACUCACAGAAGAUUUCACACAAGACAACGAACACGACGACGACAACAAUAUUACCGCUACACCACGUUCUAAGAAAUCCGCACAAAACCCAGCAGAAACCGCUCAAGGCGUCGAAUACCGUGUCCUUUACCACAAAGCCGUCGAAGCGUUUGUUUGCACGAGUGAAGUCAGCUUUCGGACACUAUUGAAGGAAUUCCACGACCAUCAGAUGAUUGAGAGUCGGAAGGAUGGGAUGGGGGCGGAGAGGUUGUGGGUUCCGUUUCGCUUGGAGGAGUUGGAGGGGUUGGCCGAGGAUCUUGCGGGGGAUGCUUUUUAG